GAAUAAAAUACUAAAAAUGGCAAAUGAGCUCACGAAUUUAUUGUAAAAAUGCACUUUGCAACAAUUGCAUGUAAACAGCGCGACAAGGAGCAACGUGAGGCGCGUUUGCUGGACUUUGAAAUACGACGCCAGCAAAAGCGUGAGGAGCAGAGUCAGCAGCGGCAGCAGCAGCAACAGUUGCAUCAGCAUCAGCAGCAGCAGCAACAACAGCAGCAGCAACAACAGCAGCAGCAACAGCAGCAGCAACAAAACGAAAAGAGUCCGCCAACAACUUCGUCGCAUUCGUUGCAGCAACAGCAACAGCAGCAGCAGCGACAGCAACAAUUGCAGCUGCAACAAAGCAUUGCAGCAUCGCAGGCAAGCAGCAGCGGCGGCGGCGGCGGCGGCAGAGUCAGCACACCGGACACACCCAAAUUGCAAACACCGCCAGAUCGUUCAUUGCCGCCCGCAUUUCGCAGUCGGUCCAUCGAGCGUGAGAUUUUCUACGAGCGCAAACGCUUCUCGGUGCAGGAGACAACAGCUGAAUUCAAGGAAGCUGUGAGCACAACUCCAUCUCCAUCUCCGCAGACGUUCAGCGGCACGCCGCCAACUCCAUACACGGCGGCAUUGGCGGGACCUCCGGCAACAGCGGCAGCUGCAACAGCUGCUAUAAUCCCCAUCUUACCGCUCGGCGUUGCCACGCUGCGCGAUGAUUCGACGGAGUCCGAACAGUCCGUGACAUGUGCGCCGACCCACACGGAUCCCUACCAGCGCAUCAUGUGCCGGGCUCCGAUAGCGUCACUCGACUGCAUGGAGGAGUUCAGUGGUACGGGCGGUCAUCUUGAUUUCGGCCGUUCGAUCAGCCUGGGCUCCAAUCCGGCGCUGCAGCUGCGGCACGGCUCAACGCCGACGCCGGGGCUGCGAUACAAGAAUCUGGGCAAGAGUGGGCUGCGCAUCUCGAACGUCGGCCUGGGCACUUGGCCCGUAUUCUCGCCGGGCGUUAGCGACGAGCAGGCCGAGUCCAUACUCAAGCUGGCCAUCGACAGCGGCAUCAAUCUCUUCGACAUCUCCGAGGCCCACUCCGAGACCGAAAUUGGCAAAAUACUCCAACGCACCGGCUGGAAGCGCACCACAUAUGUGAUCACCACCAAGGUCUACUGGAGCACCAAAUCGGAGGAGCGCGGACUUUCACGCAAGCACAUCAUCGAGUGCGUCCGCGCGAGCUUGCAGCGACUCCAGCUGAGCUACAUUGACAUAGUCAUCAUCCACAAGGCGGAUCCCAUGUGUCCCAUGGAAGAAGUUGUGCGCGCCAUGAGCUACGUCAUCCAGCAGGGCUGGGCCAUGUACUGGGGCACGGCGCGCUGGUCGCAGGUGGAGAUCAUGGAGGCGUACACCAACUGCCGCCAGUUCAACUGCAUCACGCCCAUUGUGGAACAGUCCGAGUAUCACAUGUUCUGUCGCGAGAAGUGCGAGCUCUAUUUGCCCGAGAUGUACAACAAGAUUGGCGUCGGCUUGAUGGCCUGGGGACCGCUCUCGAUGGCGCUGAGCGAUACGCAGAAUGGCGACAAGCUCUUCCUGCCCAAGGGCAGCUUCAAGACCAAGAGCUUCAGCUGGACCGAGGAUGAGAUAAAUCGCAAUGCUGCGCUGUCGCCGCAGGGCAGCUGGGGCAAGGAUCGCAUCGAGGAGGGUCGUCGCCACUGCGAUCGACUGCGCGACUUGGCUGCGCUGGCCGAGAAACUGGGCUGCAGUCCAACGCAGCUAUCGAUUGCCUGGUCGUUGAAGCAUGAGCCGGUUCAGUGCCUUCUGCUGGGCGCCACGUCGGCCGAGCAGCUGCACCAGAGUCUGCAGUCGCUGCAGCUGUUGCCGCGACUCUCGUCGAGCGUUAUGCUGGAAUUGGAGCGCAUUUUGGAGAACAAGCCAGUGCGACCGCCAAUGAUAUCGACGCUGGCGCUUCGGUGACAAUCAGCCUGCCCGCAGGG